AUGGACUCUCUAGUCGAAGACACAGAGACUCUUUUCACUGAUGUAUUCUCACACCUUGCCGCUGUCGAAUCUCAACCAGGAUCAGUAUUGCUAGACGAGGACUUAUUGAAGCGAGCAGAGCGCAACUUGGCUGCCUCUACACCAAGAGACCUGUUAUGGCGGCUGCUCAGGACGGGUGAAACCCUCCUCCAAACAAUCCAACAGGAGCCUCGUCCGCUCACUCGGUUGUUGGAGCAAACUGUGCACUUCAUCCCAUUCGAUGAACUGAAGGCUACAAUUUCGCCCGAGAAGCUCGAACAAGGUCUAGCCUCCCCUUCAACCUCCGUCCAACUCCUUUGUCUGGCGUAUCUACGCAAAGCCGCCGACUCGCCCAGUGGCGCAUCUUUUGUUGCAGCGAGCUCGAGUCUCGUGCAAUGCUUGUUCACACUUUGGCUUUCGUCCGAGAAUACCGAGGUGGCGGAACGCUCUUUGGAGGUCAUCGAAGCACUUCUUACCGUCGAUAGCCAGAAUACGCUCACAGUCGAAGCAAGUGGUGAUAGCCUAGGGGAGACGGCUGGUCAGGGCCUCCUAUGGCGCCGCGUUUUUCAUGACCCUGAAGUCUACGAGAUAUUUUUUGUCUGGACUUCACUCGUCAAAUCCAAGCGAGACACGAAGACUAAGAAGGGCACGCAGCUUGUUACGAUCUCUCAAGCUAGAUUGUUUGAUUUCAUUACAAGACUUGCACCUUUUAACUGGCAGGCUAUGACGACCUCCACCAUACCAAUUGUCGAGACAGAAUAUCUGCGCAGGAAUGCUGAGAAUCAGCCUUAUGGCGGCAUAUUGCUAUACGCAGCAUCACACAUGAUCGAUUCCAACGACAUCUUGAUGAAAGUGCUCCGGCAGGACUUCUUUCUCAAGCUCCUUGCCAGUGCCGAAGAGGGGAACAGUCGAAAUAUCUCCCCACGGCUGUUGGAGGCCAUUCAACAGGGCGCCGGAGUUGGGUCAGCGAAAGAUGUAGAAGAUGACGGUAUGCAUCUCUAA